AUGGCGAAUAAGUUUGGAUUAGGUUCUUUAUCUUUAGAAACUAAAAAACCUAACACAACAGUGUGGAUAAAUAAAGCGAAACCUUACUUUGUGGAUCAAAUCGGAGACACUCUUCAAGUAAAAAGAACAUUUAAAAGAAAGAAUACCGAUGUGAAAAGAUUCUUCAAACGACAAAUAAAUAAUAAAGAUUAUAUUGAUGAUACUAAAUUGCAACAAGAAGUAACAAGUUUAAAAAAUUUUAUUCAACAACAAUUAGUCAAUGUAGUAGAUAAGACUCAGUUACAAACUUUAGAUAAUAAGAUUACAAAGCAAAAAAUAGAUCUUAAACAACUAAUAGCCAAUAUUAAUCCAGGUAUAAGUGAAGACAAAUUACAAAAAGAACUAACAAAUAUUCAACAACAAAUACAAAACAUAGACGAAAUCAAAACCUAUAUUCAUCAACAAAUACAGAACAUUGAUGAUAGUGUUAUUCAACAACAGAUAACCACUAUUAAUAACCUAGUUUUAAAACAGGAUAAAAAUAUACUCGCAUUAGAAAAAAAAGUUUCUCAAGAAAGAAUCAUAUUAUUUCAAUCUUCCAUUUGGAAAUUUGAGAGAUUACGAUGCUUCUAUUACUGA